AAAGUUACCAUGAAAACUUUGUUAUUGCUAUUUCUUUUCACAGCCUCUGUGGCAGCAAUUCCUUUCAGAUCAACAACUGUUGUUGCGAGGGUGAUACUUCGUUGUAAGCAUCCAAAAGAUCCAUCUGCAAAAGUGUUCCUGAUGGAAAAGGAUUUUGGAGAUCAUGAGAUUGAUGAAGACGACACAAUGGAUUUUGCAGAAUUUAAAUUUGGGCAAAUCCCAGAAAAACCACUUCAACUCAAAGGUGAAGAAUUCGAAUUUUCCGGUCUUGAGCCAUACAUUUAUAUUAGUCAUGCAUGCACCGAAAAUCGCGUGGAAGCGUGGGAUUCGUUCAACGUAACUCUGGAGACAUCCAUGUACUUGUCGGCUACGUUCGAUGUAAUCAUUGAUUUAGACACGAAAAAGUCUACUGUCAUUAAGAAUAUUUGAUGUUAAUUAAUUUUCAUUUGGAAUAAAACUAACAGUUAACGGAUUAUGAC